UAUACCACAAUGGUGAAAUAUUUGAAUCAAGAAGAAAGCAUUAAUAUAGACAAAGAUUUAUUUGACAAAUAUAAAUUCAGCGUGGACCAACUAAUGGAACUUGCAGGCCAAAGUUGUGCUAUUGCUAUUGCCUGCAUUUAUUCAUCAUUUAAAAACUCUACACAUAAGAUUUUAGUUUGUUGUGGUCCAGGAAAUAAUGGUGGCGAUGGACUUGUUUGUGCUAGACAUUUAAAACAUUUUGGAUAUUUUCCUGAAAUUUACUACCCUAAAAGAACAAGCAAUACUUUAUAUGAAAAUUUGUUACAUCAAUGUAUUGAAAAUGAUAUUCCCAUAUUGGAAAAUGAUGUAGAAACUAUUGCUUCAAACCAACAGUUUGGUCUUAUUGUAGAUGCAUUAUUUGGAUUUAGUUUUAAACCACCUGUAAGGGAAACAUUUAUUCCUAUAAUUCGUUUAUUAGAAAACACAUGUAUUCCUAUUUGUAGUGUAGAUAUACCAUCAGGAUGGAAUGUUGAAAAUGGACCACCUGCAGAAGGUGGCAUAAAACCAGACAUGCUUAUAUCAUUAACAGCACCAAAAUUAUGUGCUAAAAAGUUUCAAGGAAAGUAUCACUACUUAGGUGGUCGAUUUGUACCAAAAAAAUUGGAGAAAGAGUAUAAUCUUAAUCUUCCUGAAUACCCAGGAACCGAUUUAAUUGUAUCGUUAUGUUAA